AGGGUGAGGCGUGUGGCGUUACGUCAUGUGUGCGCCACGCUGGUGCUUUUUGUAGCGGUAUAUUAGAGGUGUGUAAAGAGCAAAUAUAUGAAGUUUUCGAUGUAGUUGUUUUGAUGUUUAACGCGUUCGUAAGUUGUGUGUUUCAGCGGACCAUGUGAGCCAGGACCACGUUGGAUUAGCUGAGUCGGUGAUUGUGGUUUGCCUAGAAUCUGUCUCUUCUCAUUGUGGUUCCGUAAAAAUCCGAAGACUCUUAAGAUUAUAACACGUGGUUUCUAGGCUUUUUGAUGGUUCUGUGUAGAAUCUCGAUAACUUACUAGUCGGACGUAUUGUAAAUUUGCUUUUCACUACGGAGGAACCGUUUAGCUCCAUUGUGUAAACAGCUCUUAAUUACUGUAAUCUAGUUUUGUUGGAUAAUGGGCUUCUAACUUACAGAACUAACCUUUAAAUUGGGCACGGUGUUUUUAGUCUCAAUUUUUUACCGCGUAUAGACCUAGUAUUUGGUUGUAUUUAGUGAACCCUUUACUUACAGACACAGAGUGCAAGCGCCUGCUGAUUUGAUCUCAAUAUCGUAGUUGGUUGUUACAAAUCUAUCCCGGUUAGUUCACUUCUAUAUCGUGUUUGAUUGUAGGCUGUAUUAGUGUUUUUGUUCUUGGGGGGGGAAGAUGGCAGAAUCGACCCACGAGGGGGGUGUUGCGUUGGAGUCUGUAGAGGAAGAUGCACGGUCAGUGGAUACAAUCCCACUUGAGGGGGACACUGCUGAACAGUUAGGAGAGGAGUCUGCUAUGGAAGUAGAAGUAGGGGCAGCGGAGACAGGGGCCCAGGCAGUGGAUGAGGAAAGUUCAAGUAAAAAGCUGCAGGGUAGGAAGGAACUCAGAAAAGGCGCCGAAAUUGGGACAGACGUUGAUUUGGAAAAGGUUCCUCGUGGUAGAUUUUUGUUUAAUACGAGCGAGGGGGCUCAAUUUAUUGAUGAUGUUUGUCAAGUAUUAAACUUGACUGCUGUCAAACCUCAGAUAAAACCAGAUGAUGCUAAUGGUUCUGAAAAAACGCCAAACUGGGUAAACUUCCCCCCGGUUGAAGAGUUUGAGUCGCUCAUUAAGAAUGAAUGGAGAAAUGCGAGUAAGAAGUGGUCUAGGUUUGGUUAUCGCAGGAGAAUGUAUCCUUUCCCUAGGGAAUGGACAAGGAUGUGGGGUGCUCCUCCUACUGUUGAUUCGGUAGUUUGUGACUUUGUAAAGGACAGUGUAGUAACUCGACAGGGAAAAGCUAUUCCUAGAGAUGGUGCGACACGUAGACUUGACUAUGUUUCUCAGAGAGCUUUUAUUGUAUCUGGGCAAAUCAUUACAGCUACUUCUGCUGCAUCUUAUGUUGCUCAGGCACUCGUGUCUUGGUUAGACCAGUUUUCUCAAGCUUUGCCUGAAGAUUUAAAAGAGCAUAAAAGUUUGCCAUUGCUACAGUCUAGUGCUAAAUUUCUUUCUGACGCUACACACAAUGUUGUGAGGGCAGCAGCACGUGCUUCAGUUGCUCAGACCACAGUCAGGAGGGCAUUAUGGCUACGCAAUUUAGGAACUAGCACAGGGUUGAAACACCACAUGCUGAACCUUCCCUUUAAGGGUGAUCAGCUGUUUGGAGAUGGUAUUAAUGAGUUGAUGAAGCAGGUUAAAGAGAGCGCAAAGCUGUAUCCUAGUGGCAGACUGCGGGGCUUCGGUGGCUUUAGUCGCGGCACAAGGGGCUCAAUGCGUGGCCCAGGUGGCUUUGGUCGCGGCACAAGGGGCUCAAUGCGUGGUUCCGGAGGCUUUGGUCGCGGCACAAGGGGCUCAAUGCGUGGUUCCGGUCGCUUUGGCCGCGGCACAAGGGGCUCAAUGCGUGGCACCAGGGGAGGUUUUUCCUCUCGUGCUACUACUAGACGAGGCAAUUUAACUUUCUCGGCAAAGUUUGCUGCUGUCCGAGCAAGCCUCAUAAGAAGAGGGGGAAGAAGAGGCAGGAGGUCUUUUCGUGGUGGUCCUAAAUAAGAUUAUUAACAGAACUUUUUGUUGCCCCCCACCACCACCCAGAGGGGGCAGUUUUGAGGGCACAUGAGCAGUGUUUUUAUUUUCGAGCUUUUUUUUUAAGGAAUAAAUACUUUUUUCUCCUGCACAAUUUAAAAUGUUCAUUGCAGUCUCCUUAUUGAAGUGUUACUGGGUAGUAGUUUUUUCAGAGUAGUACCAUUGACAGUGUCUUAAGUCAGUGAAUGAAAAGUCAGUGUUUUGUAUCUAUGCAUUUUUGUGCUUAGGUUUACAUUGCAGCACCUAAGCAGUCUGAAGGAAUAGCUGCCCCCCAAGAAACUGGAAUAUGUAUAAGUUGGUAAUGGUUAUUAACUUUAGUAUGCCAGUUAUGUGAACAUUUUGGUUAUCGCUUUACUGUAUGGUAUCUUUCGAGUUUGUAUAGUUUGCCUAGUGAACAUGCGCACAGUGCUGUUUAGGGAUUGAUGUAUGGUAUGUCUUUGCCACGGAUGCAUUGUUCUGCCCCAUGUUAACUGAGGUAUGCUGUUUGAAUUUGCUUAUUGGAUAUAUUCAACUGCUCUUUGUGCCAGAGCCAUCUUGUAUGUUAAUCUUAGUCUGUAUCCGUAAGAGGAUUUUUUUAAGUUAACCUAUGCAUUUUGUGUAUGUGCCUGUAGGCAAAGGCCCCUGACUCUAGCAUCAGUCUGUCCGUAAGGUGGUAUGUGAGUCUCUACAUAGUUGACAAGUCACAACCUUAUAUUCCUUCGGUGAGCAAAAGGUCUCAACACUUUAUUCCAUCAGUGAGCAAAAGGAAGUUUCCAUUCCAGGUUUUUUUUUUUCCUUAGCUGGUUUCCUGGACACGUGCUUUUUGUAUUUUUUGAUACAUGAAGAUGAAUUGCUAGGGUAUAAAAGAAAGCGCGUCUUUACUAGUUAGGGUGUGUAUGUACUUUAAUCUAAUCUAGUACCAUGUAAUACUAGUCGGGGUGUAUGUACUUAUCUAGUACCAUGUAAUACUUGAAAAUUGCCAUGGUAGAAGAAUAACCCUGCUGUUACAGUGAAGUUUGUAUGUUUUUCCCCCCAGAGGGCUGUGCUGCUGCCUUGUUAGUCUUGCAUUAUAUAUACUAUACAGACUUUGGGGAAGGGGGUUAUUUUGAGGUUCAGAGACCUUGGACUUUGUACAUUCCCACAUGUACUUGAAGUUCAUUACUCAGAUUUACAUGUAUAGACCUUAGAAUUUCAGCUGUUAUCACUUUGCCCUUUUGGUCAGAGUAAUAUAUUUUAAGACUAGCGUGGAUGGUGUGUAGUUUGCUUUUUCUUGUGGUUAUCUAGAUGACGAGAAUAACUUGUAACUUAAAACUUUUAAGAGCAUAGUGUAAUUUCACCCGGUGAUUUUGUAUGGUCUUUAAUGUGGCUAUGCUUGAGGUAAUUAAGAAUUGUUUGCAAUACGGUUCCUCCCCUUUAAAAAAGGUGGCCUAUUACUGAAAGCCAUACUUGUAAGACAACCUAGUCUAGGUGAAGAGCUGGUGUUAAUGGCGGCUAAUGGAAACCUGCUGAAAUGUUGAAGCUUCUGAUUGCUGCAUUUGACUUUAAGCACAAAACAAGACUGAGGGUUGUUGGCUGUAGUCCUUGCAUUUAUUCCUGGGGGAGCUGUGCAUUUGUGGGCCGGUGCUACCUACCUUGCUGUCAUCUUGACCAGAACUGGUUCUUUGGUAGCUUGCACACUGCUGGUACAUUUUGAAGAUCACGGCAUACUUUGGAAACCGGCUCUCCUUUGAAGAAUGUACCAUACUGUUGCCUUUUUGAGUAGACAUUGUCCUCCAUCCCUUCCUAUAUCCAGCUGUGUGUGCAAGAAGAAUGCUUUUGUACUGAAUAACUGAACCAUGAGAAGAAGCUUAUUCUGCAUAACCUAGCCACCAUCUUGUGUUUUUAUCUGCCAAGGAAUUAACAUUAAUGGAAUGAGUGUACCUAUGGUUUGGACCAGUGUUUGUAUUUAAAAGUUAAAGAAAAAAACUUGGACAGACCUGUCUACGUGGGUGCAGAGUAUUACUGACAAUUGGCAGCAGCCCCGGAUUAAAAUCCAAGUGCUGCAAGCAACUGACAUUCUCUGGAAUUUGCCCUUUGUAUUCAUGAGUUGUACAGAUGACCCAUUUUAAUUUUGUAUGAUGUGGGGUUCAUGAAAAUGUUCCAGUAAACAUUUUGUAUUAAUUGGUA